AGUCUUGGGGGAGGAGCCGCAGUACAUACAGGCGUCGGAGGCUUCCGCGGAGGAGAAGCCGCUUGGAGGUAAUGGCUGUCGUGAAUGCUAGUUAUUUGAGGAGAUUUCUUGAGGAUAUGAGGUAAAGCCUAGCCACAGAAAGGCAGUGCAGCCGCAGAAGUGCUGAGCAGAGGAAAGGCCCUGCUGGACAAGCAGUUAGAGUGAGAAUCUAGACAGCUGGGUCACAGGGCCAGACCCUCCACGAUCCACGUGACACCUAGGUUAAUAUCAGAGAUACACGUGACCUGGACAAUCUGCAUGUGAUGCCAGGAUAGCCUCAGAAAGUCAGUGCAACCACAGAAGUGCCAAGCAGGUUAAAGGCCCUUUUGGACAAGCAGUUGGAGUGAGAAUCAAGACAGCCGGAUCAUAGGGCCAGACCUUCCAGGAUCUACAUGACAGUGGUAUCUUCCAGUAUUAUUCAUACAACGCACUCAAGCAUCCGUGGAAAUUGAAGUGGAGAAGGACAGACCACACAAACUGUAAACCCUUUGUAGUUCUAAGACAAAAGGGGCUUUGAUAUAAGUAUUGGUUUUGGUAGGACCUGCCUUAGCAGUAACAAGAACAGCUAGCCACCUCAACCUCUGAUAAUAACCCUUGGCACACAAAUCUAAAUCAUAAUGGAUGCCCAGUAUGUCCUAUGCAAUUGGAAAGACCAGUUAUGGCCAGCAAAAGUUUUGUCCAGAUCUGAAACUUCAUCAGACAGUAAGAGAAAAAAGACAUUUUCCCUAGAAGUUCAGAUACUCUCACUAGAUGAAAAAAUUAAAGUGGACAGCACAGAAACAAAGAUCCUAGAUAAAUCUCAAAUUGAAGCCAUUGCCUCCUCACUAGCAGUACAGUCAGAGGUCAGUGCUCCACCUGCAGAGGAAACGGCCUAUGGAAGAUCUCUAAAAGUGGCACUGGAUAUUCUGAAUGAGAGAACAAAUUUGAGUGAAUCAAGCAUUUCAGAUGAAGAGGAGACCAGUAUACUGUUUCAAAAUGAACCACAAAACCUGUCUGAUUCACCCCCUCGUAAGAAGUAUCGAAAGCACGAAGGGGACUUACCAAAGUAUCUUGAAGAGAGUGAAAACUCACCAUACCUGUUGAUAUCUUCAGAGAGUGAUGAUUCCCUGUAUGAUGACAAAUCACAGAUAGAAACAACCAUUGGUACUAUUCCAAGUGAAACUGAGACAAAGUCAUCACAAAACUCUAGCUGGUGCCAGACUUUCCCUUCACUUUCAGAUGAUGAUGAUGAUGAAAAAGAGGACAAGAAAAAGGCUAAUAUCUCAACAGUUGUGUUUGUGCACUCCACAGUCAAAGAGGAGGGUACAUGUGUUAAAGACGAAAAAUGUGUUCCACCUUCGCCAUCAGAUAUCCUCAUUGUGCCCAAAGCUUUGAAAGAGGAGACACAAGGUAUCUGCCCAGAGACCCUGGCUGUUUCCUCUGAAUGCUCUGUCCUCUCAGAGAAUGGUGAGGAUCCUGGAGAGGGUCCCUCAAAUCCAUGCUUUGAUGCCAGCGAGAAUCAACCUCCCGUGGAAUCAGAGAUGGGUGCCACGGCAUUCACUGAGAGUUGUUCAUGGGAAAGCCAGCCUUCUUUUAGUGCCUCUAAUCCUGUCUUGGAUUAUUCACUUCCUGCGAAUAAUGAAGGAAAUCUUCAGAGCCCGGAUUUGGAGGAACUUGAGGAAGAAGUUCAAGCUUCUGACAAAUCAUUGCCUCUAGAUCCUGUUAAUGCUUCCUUGUUAGAUGAUGAUGAGGAAGAGGAAGAACUUCCACGCUUCCUUUUGCAUUAUGAGCCACGUUCGUUUGAAACAGGAAUGAUAGUCUGGUUUAAAUAUCAAAAAUACCCAUUUUGGCCAGCAGUGGUAAAAAGCAUCAGACGAAAAGAGAGGAAAGCAAGUGUGCUUUUUGUUGAGGCAAACAUGAAUCCUGAAAAGAAAGGCAUUAGAGUAACUUUUAGAAGAUUAAAGAAAUUUGAUUGUAAAGAGAAACAAACACUAGUGGAUAAAGCCAGGGAGGAGUACAGUGAAAGUAUUGACUGGUGCAUUUCGCUGAUUUGUGACUACAGAGUUAGAAUAGGUUGUGGCUCUUUUUCAGGCUCUUUCCUUGAGUAUUAUGCUGCUGACAUUAGUUAUCCAAUUAGGAAAGUAAUCAAACAGGAUACCUUCAGGAACAUGUUUCCAAAGCUCCAUAACGAGGAUAGUGGGGAAUCCAUGGUUGUGACUUCCCAGGCCAAGAAAAUGUCCUUCCAGAAAAUUCUCCCUGACCGGAUGAAGGCUGCUCGGGACCGAGCCAACAGGAACCUAGUGGACUUCAUUGUGAAUGCAAAGGGAACAGAGGACCAUCUUCUGGCUAUUUUAAAAGGCACAAAAGGAUCCAGAUGGCUGAAAUCGUUUUUGAACGCAAACAGGUUCAUGCCCUGCAUUGAAACAUACUUUGAGGAUGAAGAUCAGUUGGACGAGGUGGUCAAAUAUUUACAAGAAGUCUACAAACAAAUAGAUGAAAGAAUGCUGACUCUGAUAAAAGAUGAUAAAAUUAAGUUUAUCCUGGAAGUUCUUCUGCCAGAAGCAAUUAUUUGUUCAAUUUCUGCUGUUGAUGGGUUAGAUUACAAGGCAGCUGAAGCAAAGUAUCUAAAAGGACCAUCUUUAGGCUACAGGGAAAGAGAAUUAUUUGAUGCCAAAAUCAUAUUCGAAAAGAGACGGAGACCAUUAACAAAUGAAGCUCAUUAAAUUUCCUGAGAGUCGAAACCAUAACAGGGAGCUUUCGUAGAUGCUAGUUUUAAAAAAAAUCUCUGAAAGGUUCUCUCUAACAUGUAAAUAUUUUUUGAAAAAGGGCUUUAGGUAAUGUGUUCAAUUGUUUUGAGAUCUCUAGGAUCUGUGGGUAUCACUACAUCUUUAUUUCCUUUGCUUGUGCUUCUUCAAAGUCAAUUUUGUCAACAUAUUUCAGCAGUUCUGCUUUCCCAUACAUUUUUAGAAUGCAUAAUUCCUAUGUAACUUUUAAGAGAAAGUAUUAUUUUGUUUUAUGACAUAUCCGUGUCUGUGCUGUAUAGUUAAAUACACUGGGCACAAUUAUUUUAAUAUUAAAAUUGCACUGGUACUAGAUAUUAAGCAAGAAAAUUAGAAAAAUGUCUAAAAGAAAUGUCGAUUAUAUUUUUUUGCUUAAUUUUUAUAAAAUAUUGGGUUUUCUCUUGAGAUAGUUGAAUUAUUUUUCCUGCCAUGCCUAUUUAUUUUUGGAAAAAAAAUCUCUGAGACAUAGAACCAAAGAUAGAUAUGCUUUGCUAUAUAGUAUAACUAUAAUUGCUUUUGCAAUAACACAUCUUGAAAUUCAAAAAUAAAUAUAUAUCUGCAUGUUGACUAUAUGUAUGCAAACAACAUCUCAGCAUGCAGAAAAUAAUUUUGGCAGCCUUGAACAGGAUUGUUCAUUCUAUACUUUCUUGAAAUUCCAUUUUUGGAAGUGUUUAUCCUUCAGUAGCUGAAUAGUUUCUUAAAACAGGCUUCUGGCUGUCUUCAUAACUAACAGUGAGUAGAUCUUCUUAAUAUAGCUGUCCGAUAUGUGUAAGGCAGCUAUAGUCAUUGUAGUCAUAGUCUGGCCACUGUAGGCCUAUGAGUCCAGGCUGACUGCUUAAGAGCCCAUCUAUUAUAGUUUGAUAUAAACUGUAGAAAAAGUAAGCAUUUUGUUCUGAGUCUUUUAUCUCCAAAUAUAUAGUCAUUUGUCUCAAACCAAGCAAGCUUUAUCAUCUGGCUUAUUCGUAGAAUAGUUCCAGUUGUUUCCAGUAAUAUAAAUGAUGACUGCUAGUAAGUCAUUCCAAGGUGCUGGAAGGAGUAGAUGGACCAGAAUCUGGGGAGUUGAAAAUAGGUCACAGAAAAAGCCUUCAUUUGGCUAAAUAUGAUAAUUAAUCUGAAUAUGGUUAAAUAUUAUAGUUAAAAGUCUGAAGCCAAUUAGUGGUUUAUUCUAACUUGAAGCAAACUUUUUGUGAGAAUAAAUGUUAGAAAAAAUAAUUUUAAAAACUUGAUGUGAAAAAAUGCUAAAGGCUUUAGACGAAACUGCAUUUUUACCUCUUAGAGUGAGACAACUGUCACUCUUGGGCUCUUGUUAUGUGUUCACGUGGCUACAUGUUUAUGUAAAAUUUGCAAAAGUUUGGUGUUUUGAUUUGCAGUAAAACCAUCAUAUCCUUCA